UCUCCAUCCAAGUACAUCCUCAAGUCUCACAACCACCUUUCGUUUUUUCAUUCCAAAACACUAUCAGAGAAAGAAAAGAUGGUGCUUUCGAGCUCUUGGCUUCUUUCUCUAAAAGUUAUGUUUAUGUCGACUGGUGUGUUAACCGUAGCUUUGUUUUUCAAGGUUUCUGUUCCAUUGGUCAUGGAUUUUUCAGCCUCUAAAGCUCCGGUUCUUUGGAGCUCCUUCCUUUCUUGGCUCAGACCUCCAUAUCUUUACCUCAUAAUCAACUUUAUUAUCCUCGGUAUUGCCGCCUCGUCGCGCUUUUUUCAAAACCACGAAGUUCCAGCUGAAUCUCAUUCGCCGUCGCCGUCGGAUCGUACUGUUUACGAUGAGAUCAAGAUGAAGUCUGAGUAUGAUGGCGCGGUUUACGAUGAGAUUAAGAUGAAGUCUGAGUUUGGUGGAGCUGUUUACGAUGAGAUCAAGAUGAAAUCUGAGUUUGAUGGCGCAGUUUACGGGCAGCAUUUGCAGAGAGCAGAGGAGGAGAUUGAGGCUCCGGUUUUUGUGGAGAAGAGUGUUGUGGUUAGUGGUGCUGGUCCAGUGGAGGUAGGUCAUAGAGAUGAAACGUGGAAAUCGUUAGGAAUGACGGAGUCGUUGGAUAUUCCUACUGAGCUUGAAUCUUCAGUGGAGAAUGAGAAACCGCUUGUUUCUGCUCAUUUCGGUCGCCGGAAACCGAUUAAAGCCAGUCCUGAAGGUGGAAGGGCACUGAGGGUGACGAAGUCCAAACGGAACGAGACUAUGGAGAACACGUGGAAGGCGAUAACGGAGGGUCGAGCAAUGCCAUUGACGAGGCACUUGAAGAAAUUGGACACGUGGGAGAAUCACGACCGUCAGGUGAACGUGGAUCCAUCUCCAGUGAAGAAGUCGGAGACGUUCAAGGACAGGACCAACUACCAGUUGCCACUUUUGAGCAACAACAGCAACUCUCCGUCCUCGGGAGGGAAGCUGAGAAAAGAGCCGUCGUUGAGUCAGGAGGAGUUGAAUCGGCGAGUGGAAGCGUUCAUUAAGAAGUUUAACGAGGAGAUGCGGUUGCAGAGACAAGAGAGCUUGAAACAGUAUCAAGAAAUGAUUAAUCGUGGAGUAUAGUUUUAUGAAAAGAAGAAUAUGAAAAUGUUUGAAUUUAUUUCUUUACUCCAAUAGAUUGAAAGACAUGAAUAUGUUGGCUUAUAGGUUUUAAAUAUACAGAUGGGAUAUGAUUUCAUUUGGAAGUGUUGAGUGAUAAUAUUAAUUCUGUAAGUGAAGAAGAAAAUUAGUUGUUUUUAUUCAUAUGUAUGAAUGGGUUCACGUAUUAAAGUGUU